UGACUGGCUCUCUGCAAAAGACUAAUAAUCACAUAAAUGCAUAUGUUUGCUCUCAGGUAGUGAAGUCUCAGCGUGGGCCGCCACACAGACAACAAACAGGCAAGCUGUAUUUAGUUGACCUGGCAGGUUCAGAAGACAACCGGCGCACAGGAAACCAGGGCAUCCGUCUGAAAGAGAGCGGGGCCAUCAACCUGUCCCUCUUCACCCUCAGUAAAGUGGUGGAUGCUCUGAACGCAGGGGCCGGGGGCCGCGUGCCCUACAGAGACAGUAAACUGACCCGUCUGCUGCAGGACUCUCUGGGUGGUUCGGCCCAUUCCGUCAUGAUCACAAACAUAGCACCGGAGUACAGAUACUACUUUGACACCUUCUCAGCCCUUAAUUUCGCCGCCAAGUCUAAGCAUAUUGUCAAUCGGCCCUUUGUCAGGGAAACCGUUUUGGCUCCUACGAUUGCUCCUGUAAAGAGAGCCAGAGAGGAACAGGAGGCUGGAGGUUCUGGUGAGCCCCAGAACAAAAAGUCUAAAGAGGGGAAGAAAGCUGAACGGUCCUCAUCACCACCCGUACAUCCACACAG